AUGACAUGUACUCUAUAUGCUGUUUUCUUGCAGAUGAUAAAACUAAUUCAAGGUGAGUGGUACUGGAAAGAUGAUACUAACACCCUUGAAUUUGCAAGCUCCAGUCCAGCAACUGAGGAAAACCUUAAGGAAGGAAAAAAUACCGGCUUUCAGGAAAUGCGUGUGGAGACAUUAAAGAGUGCUGGAAGAAGGCAGGCUGAUAAAGAGGGAAAAUUGCAAGGGCUGUCCACGUGGGUACAACAGGAAUACGUUACGUUGGAUGAUGUAAAAUAUUUUUUACUUUUGAAAGAAGCAAAUGAGCAAACAUUACCAUUUGCAGCAGUUAUAAGGAAUGAGAAAGUGGAUGAGUCCUUCGUGGCCCUGCUCUUCUACCUAUCUCUUCACCAGGAAAUAAUUGCCCUGAAAUAAAAAUGCAGAUCCUUGAUGUUGACUAUGAUAUUUUUGGAAGAUGUGCUGGUGAAGUUAGGUGUAUCCAGGAUCUACCUUGCCAAGGUGUACUGUAACCUUAUCCUCGGAUGAGGCAUGGCACAGCAGAACCACAGGCCCACAGGGAAAAUAAAAACAUCAUUGCAGAAAGAUUGGAACUUCUUUGAAGGCUUCUACAUCUUCAGCAGCUAUGUGGCUUGGCUUGUGUUCAGAUGGAAGCGCUUCCAAGUGAUUUGGGAAGAAAUCAGCAGGCUCCUUUGCUCUGACAUGUUUGAUCCUGCUCUAAGAGACAGGAACAAUGAUGACUUGCAGAAAGCAGGAGACCAGACUGAGUGCGAUUGCCUGAGGCACACAUCUGACACCCUGGUGAGUCCUUGGGGAACCCAACAUGUCCAAAUACUCUGAGGCAACACCUGCAUUUGUUUUCUUUGAAGGAAAGUCCAUGCCAAGCAUCCUUUUAUAAACAGCAUGGUUCACCAUCGCUUGCCAGUGCUCAGCACCCCACUCCCCUGCCCCAAGGACAGUGCUCCAGACCUCUCCCAGAAAUACUGCUGUCAGGGCAAAGCAGCUACUGUCCAUCAUAGUGCUUUGUUAAAAAUCUUAAGUUUUCUGAGGAAAGGAAAUAGGCAUUAA